CCUCGAUCGAAGCAUUCCAAAACAUUCGAUCGUCGUAGAGCUUGCACGGGGUUUGCUAGGUGCGAGAGGUUCCGGGUCCUGCGACCGAGCACGGCCUACGGAUGAUCGGGAGAGGUGGGACCAGCAGCAGCAGCCGCUACCACUCGGGGCCGAGCGACUUCGAUCGUCGCGCCGGCGACGAGUCGUCGUCGUCGAGCGAAGGAUGCGCGCUGUAAAGACGGUGCGUGGCGCGAAUAAUGGGGCGGGGGUAUCGCAAUCCCGGAAGUGUCCUCGGCAGCAACGGUGGUGAGUGCACGUGUCUCCUCCGCGAGGAGGAUCUCUCUUGACGGGCCGCAGCGCAGCAGGAAGCAUGCACCAGAACCAGAGGAGGAAGAAGAAGCGAGUGAACUACGGGGUGCGGGCGGUCGAGGUGAUUCGAGGCGUGAAAGGCUUCGGCUUCACCAUCUCCGGCCAGCAGCCAUGCAUACUGAGCUGCAUCGUGCAAGGCAGCCCGGCGGAGAACGCCGGGCUGCGCGCCGGCGACUACCUGGUCGCUGUCAACGGUCACAAUGUCAGCAAGGUGCCGCACGACGACGUGGUGCAGCUGAUAGGCAACUCCAAGGGCAUGCUGCGGCUGCAAAUAGCUGAGAAUUACUACUCGGACUCGUCCGACGAGGAAGGCCUGGCCACCGUGAGAUCCAAGCCCAAGUACGCCCACAAGCCGAGAGCCACCAACGCCGGCGCUCUGCAGCUGCAGUGCAGAGUGGCGAAGGUGGUGAGGGAUCUGCAGAGCGGCGCCAUGUUUCACGCGGUCGGCUCCAGCGCGGUGCUGGAGAACAAGGAUCACUACAGUUACUCGGGCCUGCACUAUCGCUGGAACAUGACGAGUCCGCUGCCGCCGCCGCCCCCUCCGGUGUCCCACAAGCGUGACUCGGAGAAGAUCGUUCACAGGACAGUCGUCGGUUAUCUCGGCACCAUCGACAUACCGAAUCAGCUGCACUCGUCGUGUAUGAUGCAGGUUUUAAGAAAGUGCAUCAAAAGGCUGAAGGCGGAGAAACGAAACCCGACGACCGUUCUUCUCACCAUUCACGUUGCCAAUAUCAAGCUCACCAACUCGGAGAAUCGCGUGAUCGCGGAGUACCCAUCGUAUCGAAUAAUAUUUUGUAACUCCUUCUCCGAGCAGGACAAGCAGUAUUUUGGUAUAUUGACUAAAUCCAUGAGGGACACGGACGAUAUCGUCUCCAACUCGUGUCACGUCUUCACUAUUUAUUAUAAGUUAAUCGACCACCAAGUGCAUUCUAGUGCGUGUAACGUGUUCGGCUUUACGUGCACCAAGUCGUCCGAGCUGAAUGUUUGCCAAGAGUUUCCCGAUAGCUGUACGAAUCUUAUCGGUGCCAUACAAACAUUGUAUAUAUCCGAUUGCACGAACGGCGAGACGAAUCCUUACAACGAAGCGCGCAUACGUUUGGACACCGCCUCGCCUCAGCCGAGCAACGUUAGCACGUCGACCGCUCAUUCCAGCAACAGUGAUUCCGGGAUCGGUUUCAAGGACGACUACGGCAGCUGUUCGGGCAAGAACACUGCGAACGACUGCGGCCGAAGAAGGCAAUAUCCUACCAAUAUGCAAUAUAGGAACGUAACGGCGCGAUCAUCCCGGGAGUCCAUCGGCGAGGCCGCGGGACACCGGCUGGCGGUUCGCGCGACCUCGGAGGUGCGGUGGAACAAGGAACUAAAAUUCGACCCGGCUAAAGAGAUGCGGUCGGGGAAUGGUGGGGGUACGACCACCACCUGCGCCCCUGCGGGAACAUCUGCCCCUGCAGCGGCACGAAGCUGCACUUUGGCCAGUACGUCCGUUGGCUCCCUCGCGUCGGUCUGCACCACGGCGAUGCUCGACGGUAUCGAGGACGACGAAUCGUCCAGAACCACCGCGGGCACGUCGGCGGAGAAGACGAAGCAGCAGCUGCCGGUGGACGCGGCCAAUAACAAGCUCAGCCCGAAGGUUUACUGCGGCGGCAACCAGGUCGCCAAGUCGUUGGUCCACAGCCUCGAGGACGUCAAUUCCAGCAUGGAGUACGCACGACCCUUCUGCCACUCGUACACCGGCAAGCAGGACAACAAGCCACGUCCCUGGGGCAGUCUGCAGGAGAUACGGAAUCUCGGCAACGGCGUCUCGGACAAUUGCAUGACUCGGCAGGAAAAUACAAUCGCGCGUGGGACGGUGAUAUAUUGCGCGUUAGCCGGGAGGAUAUGGGGAAAGAGGAUGGGAAAACGGAGCACGCGAAAGUAUGGCAGUACGGAGUCUUGCGACAAAAAUAAUGACUGCAAAGGAGUACACAUGUGGGCGAAUGGCUUCGAAAAACUCUUGGACGAUCCAAAGGGCUUGCAAACAUUCGCUGAGUUUCUCAAGAAGGAGUUUAGUCAUGAAAACAUAUAUUUUUGGGCUGCUUGUGAGAGAUACAAAGAUACUAAAGACGUUCCUACGCGGCGUCGACUAGCUUGUCAAAUAUACCAGCGUCAUUUGUCGAGUACAGCCGCCGAGCCAGUGAACGUUGACAGUCAUGCAUCGGGGCAGAUUACCCAGGAGUUACUCGACGAAGCACCCGCGGAUCUAUUUUUGCAAGCCCAGAAGCAAGUGUUCAACUUGAUGAAAUUCGACAGUUACCCGAGAUUCCUGCGAUCGGAACUUUAUCGUGCUUGCUUGGAGGCAGGCACCGCCAUAGUUAAUACGGAAGACUGUGAUCUACAUCUUACGAGUUCGCCUAGUGUAAAGUUGAAGAAAAGCCACUCUGAUGCGGAAGAUCGUUGUCGAAAGUCGAUUCUUCCCUGGAACAGAAAGAACAGAUCUAAAUCGAAAGAUCGCGGUGAGACCGAGUACAACAAAGUCCCCAGUCGAAGUGAGACUAUAUAUAAGAGCUUUACAGCUAUUAAAAGAGAAACGGAAGGCAACAAUAAUGAAGACAGCGUGUCGAUAUCCAGUAGUCGAUCAUCGUUAGCGUCAUGGGAUUUGGCACUGCGGCAGUCUUUUAACAAACACUCCGUAUCGUCCUACGAAGGACAAACGAACGAAAAGAAAGAAGCUCGCAGCAAAUGCACGGGAUUGUGUCGAGUAAUAUUGCCCGAUGGGUCCACUACGGUAGUGACAACUAGCCAAACCGACAGCAUUAAAGACGUGGUUACCCGUCUCCUUGAUAAGAGAGCCCUGCGAUACACUAACUAUGAUGUUCUGAUACUAGCGACAGAUGAGAUGGUAGACACGAAAUGUUCUUCAUCAGUAUUAGCAAGCCAAGAGGUGGAGGUCGUUCUCACGAAGGUGCUGAAGGUGGAACUGCCUUCGCGAAGAAUAAUAAGCGUUAUCGCUCACAAGGGUAAAACGCUGAAGGAUGUGCUGAGGCCUCUUCUAAAUAAGUACGGUUUCAAUUUAGAUUUAAUUAGUAUUUGGAGCGAAGGCCAUUGUGUUCCUAUGGAUAUUAUGGCCAUCGGUGCCCCUACACGACUCAUCGUAAUGGCGAAUGAAGAAGAUUUUCAACGGGAGUUGCAUACUGCCAAGUAUCUGGACGAAUUACCACAUGCGCAACCAACUUUGGAUGAAAUCACUAACAAAGUGUUCGAAGAGCUCUUGGUUGGGAAGAGUAGGAAUAAAUACCAGUAUAGCGAAGGGUCAUGUAAGUCUGAUGAUCAACGUUCGGAGGGAUCCUCCAUAUUGUCCAGUAAAUUUUUCCUUCGAGACUCAACGAUCCACGGAAAGAAAAAGGCAAAAUCUAAAUGUUGCAAUACCAGUGAGAAAGGUAACACGAAUGACUGUAUACACGAAGGAGCGCCUGUCAAGUCUCAGCCUCCGCUUAUCGCAAAGUGGCGUAACGGUGUGAAAUUGCAGCUUCCAGGCAGAUUCGACGGAGACGAUUUAUACGAGGGGCUAAAAAGAGCACAAAGAUCCAGACUGGAGGACCAGAGAGGAACCGAAAUCAAUUUCGAGCUACCGGAUUUUUUGAAGAACAAGGAGAAUGGGAAACCGUCGGAUUGUAACAAGAUGCGAAGAAGCCGAGCGGUGUCGGCCAAUUGCGAGGGCACCACCAAGUUUUACGAUUCUAACGAGGAUAAGCAACAAAGCUGCAGCGGCGGACACGAGUAUCUCGCCGCGCACGUGACGAACGGAGGUGGUGUGAAUGAACGUUUCUCGGCCCUGGUUAAUAUUACGGAGCCUCUGAGUAAGUGCCUCGACAGCUCGUUCACCUUAGACGCUGACAGAACGUUAGUGGACGGAGAUCAGACGGUCGUAGAGAACGGUACGAAUCCCCAAUCGAAGGCCUUACACUCAGGAUGUUACAGUACGGACGCGUCUCGCGCGAAAUUACCGAAACCUCCGCCGUUACCGCCGAAACCGAAAAAUCUCGUCGUGAAUGUAGUGAAAAGCGGUUACAUCAUGUCCCCGAAAUCCCUACAGAGGCCUAAUCAUGUGAUCGAAUGAAGCUUGUGAAAGUUCGUAGAGAGAGAGAGAAAGAGAGAGAGAGAGAAAGCGAGAGAGAGAGAGAGAGAAAAAGAAUAUUUUUCUCUUGGCAUUUCGCGCGAUCGUUCGUUGAGACGCGGUGAGUGAAGCCAUCGUAUUGUAUCACGUCCACGGAAUUGUUCGACAGGCAGAGAUGACUAUUUAUGCGAAAGUUCACUCGGACGGAAGAUAUAUCAGGAACGGAUUAAUCGCAUUCCCCCACAUUAUGCAUUUCUACGUUAUAUAUAUUCACAUUCCGCGAUUUAGAUCUUAAAACGGAAACGUUCUGUCCCGUCUCUAUGCCUUAAAAAUUAGGUGAUAUAAUAUUGUACGCGCGACAUAUAUAUAUAUUUUAUAUAUUCAGAAUUUUUAUCGUCAAGAGCUUGUCUUGACCAGAGAAACGGGAAAAGUCCAGGUGACAAUUCAUGCGCUUAUUAGGUGGUUACAUAGGAACAAAUUUUAAUAAAAAAAAAAAAUAGAGUUCCAAAGGUCGGAAUACACAGUAGAAUAGAUGAAAAAGAAGGAGAAGAGAUUGUUCUCAGUAUUUCAAAUAACUUUGUAUCUCGGUUGCAUAUAUUUUCCGCAAAAUUAACGCCCCAUAUAGGAUAAUUUGUUUAUAAAGUUAUCUUAUUACGCACCCACGCUGGAGUGUUGUGUGUGCGUUUUGCUUUGUAACAACGAAGAUACUCAUCGUAGGGAAUUACGCGAGGCAAAUCGUGACGCGCUAUACCGUGAGACAUGCUAAUAUAUUGUAUUACCUGACUACCUGAAGUAGAUAAGCCAAUAAAUCUUCUAAAUUUUAUAGAAAGAGAGAAACUUUAUGUGCAUUAUACUUCGACGUUGCACCGUCUUGAACUCUCUCGCUUGUGAAGGCGACGAAGGACGACGGCAACGUAAUUGCCUUACGUUAAUAUAUAUACUUCAAAUUCUCCAUGUACUGUGUGAAUGAAUAUAACGAAUUCUAACGAUUAUAACAAUUUUCGAGCAAUUUUGCAACGACAUUUUGAUACCUGCGAUACCUUUAACGUUAGCAUGUAAAAUUGUCGAUAAAAGCGACUCCUUGCAAUGCUCUGACAUGGUAUGGCCACUUUUUAGCGUCGCAGUGAAAACAGUAAAGCCUUCUUCGUUAGUUAGUUUAUUGCAAGUUAUCGAGCAGCUAUACAUAUAUAGAGGCUUUUCGCACAAGCGAGGAUAUUAAUAUUUGGUUCAGUAUCAACAUAUCGAUGACAAGAGGAAUGUUUCUCUGGUAACACAAUUGUUGGAUUCUUCGUUAUGCAUUAAAAAUUGUUCGCAGCAUUGUAAGUAUAUUACGUAUUUAUUACACACAAAUAUAUAUUUAUAAUACUGUGCGUGUUACGUGUUAAAAGGGAGCAUUGUAACGUAGCUCCGAUCGUAACGGCGUUGACAACGAAAACAAUGAAUUCAUAGAUCUGUGACAUAACAUUUUUACAUCAUAUAAAUCGAUAAAUAAAUUAUACGAAAGUUU